AUGCUGCUGUUUAGUAGAGCGGACGAAUCCUUUCGGAGUUCGGUGGUGUUCUGGUGUGUCUUGAUGGUGUGCGCGGUUUUAACCAUGGGUAAUGCCGCACGGCUUGAAGGCAGUGGACAAGGUGAGUACUCCACGUACGAGGAGUACGACGAUGAAGGUCCCUAUCAUAGGCCGUUCGAAUUGCCCGACACGGUCGGUGACGAUGGGCUGGAAGAUUUUGAAGAUCACCGUCUGGUGGUGGAUGAUGUGCUCGAUCCGAUCACUGACGAUGACAUUUCUUACUCAGGAUACUACGACGAAGAUGGGCAGGACGUCGUGUCCGGAAGUACAGUGACCGCGGGUGAAGGAAGUUCUGUCGUUCCGAAACCGAACGUGUCGGUUAGUGGUACUCCAGAGCACGCUCCCACGGACGUGCAGCAGUUCGUGGCACCAGUGAAGCAAACCACAGUGAGUUCCAAAGAAGACGUUGACCUAGCCGUGGAGAAUAUCUAUACCAACAUGACCACCAUAGAUGAUGCGAUGCCCAUGCAGAAUGUGACGACCUGCGCUGGAUAUCAGACACUCUCAGAACAACCGGUGUACAUUGGACCGGCGGUGAAUUUUAUCCGAAAAUGCUGCCCCCAAGGACAGCGUAUGGUGCACGACAGGGUUAACAUAAUCUCCUGCCAGCAGGAAGGGCCUCAGGUAAACAGUUCCACCAUGAGCGCCAUCGUAGCAAAAUUCUAUGAUGGAUGCAUCGAAGAUUUAGAGGAAGACGCUGGGCUUGGGUUUAACUACGGUAAUCCGUGCGCCACGGAGCGGGGUCUGGUGAGCUUUGGGGCCCACUCCAUGGACACACUGUACGUCAUCCAGAACGGGUCUCUGCUCGUUAUCUACAAGAGGCCAUACGAUUUCGAAGUCUUCAACAGCUACUGCUUGGAUUACCACGCCACGGAGGGUACGAUCAUGGCGUAUGUGUGCCCGGAAGAGGUUACCUUAGGCACGGACGUAUUCGCGGGCCAGCUGGUUUUGCUCGACGUGUGCCUGAUAUUCGCCAUUCCGCUGCUGCUGCUGACGGCUACCUUCUAUAUGAUCAUCCCGGAGCUGCACGAUCUGCACGGGAAGGCGUUGGCGAUGAAUUGUGUUAACUUUGCUAUCGCACUGCUGCUGGAAUCGUUCUUCCAGCAUAAAGCCCGCGGAAAGCGGAUGAACGCCGAGCAGGUCGUGCUGGAGAACUACGCGGAGUACUUCGUCCUGGCGACGUUCUUUUGGCUGCUGGUCAACAGUGCGAACAACACUUUCCAUGCCUGGUUCUACACACCGAGAGCAAAGGAUGUCACUGCACGAUGGGAAAACCGUCGAUUUAUCGGAUACGCUUUAGUAGCUCAAUUAGUUCCUCUUUGGAUCAUACUAUCCUUCUCAAUCACGUCGCAAGGGAAUCCGGCCAUAAAGCAUUACUUUUUCUGGACGAUAAUGGUGAUUUUGGUGCUAACCUUGGUUUGUCUGACCGCCUGCUAUGUCGGUUUACGGCGAGUGAUAAAUCUUUUCACAUUCUACCACGAGGUCAGGCAACGCUUACUAGACCGGGGGCACGAAUUCAAUAUUGGGCAAAUGGCUCCAACACAUAUUCCGGCGAGAAAAAUCAACAAAGUUAUCUAUAUGACAAACUACACCGCCUUACUUUUCGUCGUGAUGGCGGCCGUGUGGACCGUCAUGACGGUGACGUACUACACCUCGUACGAGCUGCCUAUCUUCUACGACAUUCUUUUCGGCCUGCAGGGUAUCCUCAUGUUUAUCAUUUUCGUCUGUUUGCCCAAACCGUUGGCUACGGUGAAACGGUGGCUUCGGCAUAAAAAUUGUGGCUGUACCUACGUGGAAUCGACGGAGUGCCCACCGUGCGAGCCUGCCAACGGUCACCUCAUGGCCCAACGGUGCGUCGCACCGAUGGAGCAGUUCGUAGAUGUGGCCAAACUUCGCAAAUCCAACGUCAACAAUCCCUUCAAGUAUUUACCCGAGUAACGCGAGUGGCUUGGAAAAUGGAAAGCCGUCCUUUUUUCAUGUCGACCAAUUUCUCUAAUAUAGGUGUUUAAUAUCUUAUCAUUUAUUGAUAUUCGGCCAUAGUCUCCCGAAAUUGUCUAUUUUGGAUAACAUUCUUCUCAAAAAUUAUUUUCACUACACUGAUUAAUAUACAUAAUGACAAUUCCAGAAAAAAACAAACUUAGGAGGGUAAAUUGAACGAAUAGGUUGUAAGAAUGGCAUAGUUACAAUUACACAGAGAAAUAUUUUUAACAGCGAAAAUAAAACUUACGCAAAACAUUAUAUAAACCAUAACGAUCCGGUAGAUCUCGUUUAACAAAAUUUCCUUUGGAGGUUUACUGCCAUAUAGAGUAGAACGUCGAGCAUCCCGGGUGUUCGGGUUGCCGGAAGAUUGAACCAUCAUCCGAAUCAUACUGGAUUCGUCAAAGAAAAGUUAAUUGUACCCAAAAUAGGUCAAACAACCAUUUUUAUCAAUCUAACAGUCUUUAAAAAAAAUCCAACACGUUUGGGUAGCUGUGGACCCACGAAUAGACCGACCAACCCCGGAUAAUCGUCGAAUAUUUUGUGAAAUCCAUUGAUUUUAUUCGAUAUUCGAUUCGAUUUGGCCCCUAGUAUGCUUGAAAAUGAUAGUACACAUUGUCGAAGAGAAAGAUCGAGUCAGUUGUAUUCAGAGAGUGAUUGGAAGAGACAAAUUAAGUAAGCACAAGGAAACCUGAAAUCCUUCAUACAGCAUCCUUCUUAUUGUUCGCUUAUCUACUUAAACUGUACAUUCACCGGUAGACUUAGUGUAUCUUCUUAGACCAGGAUCAGAACAAACGAUAGAAAAUAAAAGUAGCAUCUUUCUUUUGUAUUUUUAC